AUGGGUUGCGGAUGCCUGUGCCGUAGCAGCCUUGGCUUCACCGGGAGACGGAAGGAGUGGAUCGGCGGGGCCGCCGUAGCGGCCGUCAGUCGCCGCUGGCGCUCGGAACCUCAUCGGCUUCUCUCGCUCACGCCGGUGCGGGCCGCCGGUCUGAUGUCGUCGUCCUCGCCGCCGCCGCCGGAGGAGGAGAAGAAUAGAAAAGGAGGGGCGGCGGCGCAGGAAACCCCCAAUUCUCCUUCGGUGGCGCCGCCGCUGCCGCCGCCGCCGGAGGCGCCGCUGCCGGGGGACUGCUGCGGGAGCGGCUGCGUCCGGUGCGUGUGGGACGUCUACUACGAGGAGCUCGAAGCCUACAACAAGUUGAGCGCCGAGAGGAUGCCGGAGGCGAAGACGAUGGCGGACAAACGAUGA